AUGAGAAUCCAUAUAGCAAUAGCUGAUGCAGCUUCAUGUUACUGUGCUGUAGUUCUUUUAGGUCUAAUACUAUUAGGCUCGGUAAUCGAGAGUAAUUCUUCUGCAGCUGAACCUGUCAAAGGGAGCCAGCUUCUUGACCGACCUUGUGAUGAAAUAUAUGUUGUUGGAGAAGGAGAGACCCUUCAUACCAUCAGUGACAAGUGCGGUGACCCGUUUAUCGUUGAGCAGAAUCCGCAUAUUCACGACCCUGAUGAUGUUUUCCCUGGACUUGUCAUCAAGAUUACUCCUUCAAAGCCCAGGAAGUUGCUGAGGUAG